UGAUGGCAUCCUGACUGCACGAAGUGGCCUGAACUACGAAGAAAACAGCCGUUUCACGCUCGUUUUACAGGCUGAAGAUCUGGCAAAAGAGCCUGGAGCUGCCUUAACCAGUACAGCUACUGUAAUGGUCGAAGUUCUUGAUGUUCAAGACCAGCCUCCAGUGUUUUUAAACGCACCCUAUCGACCUGUCAUUCAUGAGAACAGUCCAGCCGGCCAUUCACUAAUGAAAGUACUCGUGCGAGACGGAGACACUGGUCAACCUCGAGAUUUACAGCUUGACAUCGUCGACGACCCUCUAGGAUAUUUUCGUGUAAGUUCAUUCAAGAUGAAUGACAACAUUGGAACUGCCAGCAUUGUGGCAUCUGACAACCCAAUUGAUCGCGAGGAUCAAGUUAUACUGCGGAAUGGAGGCACCUAUUCAUUUGGGCUGAAGGCAAUUGAGUUGAUUGACAAUAAGCCUAUAGGCGAUUUUACCGUAGAAAAUGUCACCGUGAUGUGAACGACCAACCUCCUGUAUUUAAUCAGGCACAAUAUUCAAUCGGAAUUCCGGAAAAUCUCGAUAUUGGGGAAGCAUUGCCUGGUCUUGAUAUGACCGUUUCGGAUUCGGACACUGGCGUACAUAGUCAAUUUGGGUUAGAGUUGAUCCCAUUGCGAAAUGCCGACAAUAUCUUUGAGGUUCACCCGAUGUCUGCCACAGGCCGGACACCUGUUCUUAUCAAAGUUACCGGAGCUGAUAAGCUCGACUAUGAGAACCCUGACCGGCGGGAAAUGGUUGUACAAGUCAUAGCUAGAGGUGGAGGCAGACGUCUCUCAUCUACUGCCACACUGACCAUCCUGUUAGUCGAUGUUAACGACAACAUCCCGAUCUUCGAUGAGUCUUCCUAUAGUUUCAAUGUGGUUGAGAAUUCCGCACCUGGCUCGUUAAUUUCAAGGCUGAGUGCUACGGAUGCCGACAGCGGUGUGUUCGGACAAUUACGCUACGAGUUACGUGGCUUUGGAGCUGAGCGCUUUUCUGUUAACUCGUCUACCGGUGACCUAAAAGUUGGAGUAUGCGGACUUUCGACUUGUUUAGAUUAUGAGGAUCAGGACAUUUUUACUUUGACCUAUACUGUCAUUGACGGAGGGGGGAAAGCAACAUCAGUGCCGCUUACCAUUAAAAUUGAUGACGUUAACGACAAUCCGUCCGUUUUCGAGCAAAAUCAAUGCAGGCGACUCAUCCAAAAUAGAGCUCUUGACUUCGAUCCACAAUUAGUGGUUAAGGCUACAGAUAAGGAUAGUAUUCGGAAAGGUCAUUCACCGCCAAUUCAAGAUGGCAGGAUUUCCUACUCCAUUGUGGCAGGCAACACUGCAGACAACUUAUUCAAUAUUGGGCGCGACAGUGGCAUUCUUGAUGUUACUCGUCCUAUCAAUGCCACUGAAUUGGGCGAGGUUAGAUUUGUGCUCAUAGUGCGAGCGACCGAUUCCGGCACACCACCCCAGCAUGCUGAUACCGUGGUGACAAUUACGGUGGGGGCUGUCGAUGGAAACGAUCCCCCCAUUUUCCAACAGAACCAGUAUCACGUCAACGUUGUCGAGCGGGCAACGCCAGAUUCAUUUGUUAUUCAGCUAAAUGCUACUGAUCCGGAUGGACCUUCAGAUAAUUUGCGCUAUCGCGUCGUCGGAGGCACAGCCGUCGAUUGGUUCACCAUUGAUGAAGUGUCAGGAAUCGUUCGGGUUGCAAGAGGUGGCGCUCUCCAAUGGGAUCAAGAAGCUCCUCUUCUUACUCUGGCAGUAGCUGCAGUUGACCAGGGCCAGCCACUUGCUCAAUCAGCUACCGCAACAAUCACCAUACAGGUGGAAGACAUCAACCAUAAAUCACCAAAUUUUGAUAAACAACUUUUUAUCCAUCACGUAGCCGAGGUUACACCUGUUGGAACUCGGGUUCUGGCUUUAGGUGCCAGUGAUCCCGACACUAGCUCACAAUUAAGAUUUCGAUUAACUGAGCCAUUUCAGAUAAGAAAUAAAGAAGGCUAUUUGCGCGACGAAGUUGAAAGCGAGUACUUCUCAAUUUCCGAAUCAACCGGUAUCUUAACCCUUACGAAGCCGCUCGACCACGAGAAUGCUGCUGUUGUUAUGUUCCGAGCGGAAGUUACAGGCAUGAAUGCUAAUGCAGAAUAUCCCAAUCAAACGGAUUUCGCUGAGGUUGCAAUUUAUGUUCAAGCGCAUACUGAUAACGGAUAUUCUCACCGCCGUGGUCUCCAGCUCACCCGAUUAUCAGAGCGGAAGUGGUUGAAGAACAAGAUCCGGGCAUUAUCUUUCUCACUCUUCAAGAAGAAGUUCCGUUAUUAGAUACUGCAUGCUGCACAUGAUCCUGUCACUGGUCUUCUUAUAUCUCAUUUUGAGCUUGUGGCUGAACCAAAACAAAUCAGCGAAAGCUUAACGAGGAGUCUUCCCGAUUCAGGAACACCACUCGAAUCUUUAUUUGAUCAAAUUCGCUUCAACGAAACUGAAUCCAUGAAUGAUACAACGAAUUCAAUGCUGGAUCCGGGUAUUUCGUCGUUGAUCGAGCUCAACAAAUUAACCGGGGAACUAACUUUUAAAAGGCGCAUAGAUUAUGAAUAAUUAGCCAACAAGACUCUGCAGUUUCAAGUUCAGGCAAUCGCUGGGGAAGCGGAGGAUAAACGAAUGAGUUUAGCGACAGUGAAACUCGAUAUAUUGGAUGCCAACGACAACAGUCCAACGUUCAUUGAAGAGGAGUAUAAAGUAAAAAUAUCAGAGUCCAUUCACCAUCCGGAUGGUUUGGUCACAGUGUCAGCAACAGACAAAGAUUCUGGGAAAUUCGGACAGAUCUUGUAUUAUGUUUCGGGCGAUGGAGCUGAUCUAUUCGUCAUCGAUGAUCCAACUAAUGGAAUAGUCCGUGUGGCUCCGAACGUUUCGCUUGAUCGAGAGAAACAACCUAGUUACACCUUUACUGUCAUUGCUGCGGAUCAACCGCAAGGCAGUGAAGAGCAAAAGCGCUCCUCUGCUUUGGUAAUGGUAGAACUGAUUGAUGUGAACGACAAUGCUCCUGCUUUUACUCAACCUUCCUAUACUGCCGUUGUUCCGGAGAACGCCCCGCUCGACUGGAGCGUCUCCCAAGUAGAAGCCCUAGAUCCUGAUCAUUUAUAGUUGAGGUAAAAUGAAAUUGAAUUAAAAUUCCUAGUCAGUUUAAUGCAUUCUUUCAUUCGGAUAAGUUUUUAAAUUGAAUUCUAAAUUCUAGUACAUACUGUUAUUAUUUCUGUUUGCCCGGAAGCGGGUUGGAUCCGAAGACUGGUGGGCGGAAUGGGCAACUCACUACAUAUUUUUUUCUUUUUUUUAGAAUAUUUGCAUAAUCGUAGUCACUAAGAAGAAAUAACACAAUGAUUGGAACUCUGAACGAUGACGAUAACAUCCCAUGGUUCUUAUUUGAACUUUUUUCAAUUCUGUUACUCGUUCGAGUACACCUCGUUAUCUUUUCUUACAAUGGAAACACUUAAUACUAUAAAUAACAAACACUAAAAAUAAAACAAUUAAAAUGACGAAAUAAUGUACGAUGAACAAUGAUCUAUAUG